AUGACGCACGGCCCGAUGUCCAUCCUUCUGGACUGGGCUGUUAUCUGUGCUCAUCGCCAGAGCUUCUCCCUCAGACUGCCUCCGCUUUCCCCGCGGCUUGAAGACGAACCUGAUCAAACUUCCCCAGUCCCAACAAUAACAGGUCUCGUGUCACCGGAGCGCUUCUCCGCGGCAGAUCUGUCCGUGACGUGCAUCAUGCUGGACGGAAUUAAAAUUGAGGAUCAUCCGCUGCGAUCGGGACAAGCUACACUGGGAGUCAUGCUCGGCUCAGACUGCCACCACCCGUCCGUGUGUGAAGGAUGCCAGCGGCCCAUCUCUGACCGCUUCUUGAUGCGCGUCAACGACUCUUCGUGGCAUGAGGAGUGUUUGCAGUGCACCGUGUGUCAACAGCCGCUCACCACCAGCUGUUACUUCAGAGAAAGGAAACUUUACUGCAAACACGACUACCAACAGUUGUUUGCCACCAAGUGCAGCGGGUGCAUGGAGAAGAUUGCGCCCACAGAGUUUGUGAUGCGCGCUCUGGAGUGCGUCUACCACCUGAACUGCUUCUGCUGCUGCGUGUGCGACCGGCAGCUGCGGAAGGGCGACGAGUUUGUGCUGAAGGAGGGACAGCUGCUGUGCAAAGUGGACUAUGAGAGAGAGAAGGACCUCCUCAGCAGCGUCAGCCCCGAUGAUUCAGACUCAGAGAAAAGUGACGAUGAGGAGCUGGACAUCAAACCGGAGAAGGGCAUCGGGGGUCAAGGCAAAGGGGAUGAUGGGAAGGAUCCACGAAGACCCAAGAGACCGCGCACCAUCCUCACCACGCAGCAGAGGCGUGCGUUUAAGGCUUCUUUUGAGGUGUCUUCCAAGCCCUGCAGAAAAGUUCGAGAAACGCUGGCAGCAGAGACCGGUCUGAGUGUUCGCGUGGUGCAGGUCUGGUUCCAGAACCAGAGAGCUAAGAUGAAGAAGUUGGCGAGAAGACAGCAGCAACAGCAAGAGCAGCAGAACUCGCAAAGACUUGGACAAGAGGUGAUGUCCAACCGGAUGGAGGGCAUGAUGAGCUCCUUCACGCCCCUCGCCCCCCCACAACAGCAGCUCGUGGCCAUGGACCAGAACAACUACAGCACAGACCCCUUCCAACAGGGCCUCACUCCCCCUCAGAUGCCCGGGGACCACAUGAACCCAUAUGGAAACGACUCGGCCUUCCACGACAUCGACAGCGACACGUCUCUAACCAGCCUCAGCGACUGCUUCAUGGCGUCUUCAGAAGUCAGCUCCCUGCAGGCCCGCGUGGGAAACCCCAUCGACCGCCUCUACUCCAUGCAGAACUCAUACUUUGCUUCAUGA